UUGGUCUCAAGGCUGUAAGUUGGAGCAACUGGGCAGUUCAGCAAAUACCAGGAGAUACUGUACAUGCUUACAGUCAGACCACAAAAACGAGGGAAUCAUGACUUGUUAAUGGCAGAAUAUUUAUUGGAUGAAGGGGAAAACUACAGUAUAAAUACAGUAGCACACUACAGGAGCACACUUGCUGUUGGAACUAAAGAAUCCAGACCCUCUGGAAGAGCUGAGCUGAAUAUGGAGAUCUACUAAAGGUUAAUAGAGAACCGGCCCCAGAGAGGAAUGAUGUGGAAGAACACUGAUUAGGACAGAUUGAGUUGGGACUCUGGAGGGAAUCCGUUGAGUUGAGCCGAUCAGCUGGAGUUGGUUCACAUUUGCACAAAUGUUCCUGAACACUUUCCUCGUGGUUGUGACUGACCUUGCGGCAGGACUGCUGGGAAAUGCCUUAUUCCGGCGGCAUUUUCACCUGCUGCUGUCGGCCAUGGUGGUCUUUGGACCCCUGCUGAACUUUUGGGUUUCCCAGUACAGUGUUUUCGCCAAGAGGAGUCAUUUUCUUUAUAGGGUGUUCCUGCGGUCAGGCUGGGGCUGGACAUGCAUCUUCGUCGGCUCCUUCACCUUCCUCCUGACCUUCUCUGUCCGGCGGUCGAUCCCGCUGACCCUACGCCAUCUGUCACGGCUGGCUGUAGCGGGGGUGCUGUGGGUGGGCUUGAGAAAGGUCCUGGGUCUGCUAGAGAACGCUACAGGGAGCUGCUACGAGCCCCUGAGCUCUGCCCCUGACCUCUCCGCCGGGCAGAAUGGUGCCGGUCAGCCGCUGCUGCUCUUACGGGAGGGCGAGACGAAGGCCGCGUGUGUCAGUGCCGGCCUGAUGUGGCGCGGCUACGAGGUCUCCGAGGACGUCUUCCUGCUGUGUCUGUGCUGCCUCCUGCUUGCAGAGGAGACUGGCGUGUUCGGGCCCUACCUGAAACUGGGCGGGGUCUCUGGGGCCCCUCUGCGAAUCAUCUUCCUCUUUUGCGUCCUGCUGCUCAGCCUCUGGCUCUUCCUGCUCUUCUGUUUGCUGGCUUACUUCCCACAGUUCCCCACUCAGCUCCUAGGGGGCGCUCUGGCCUGCCUCAGUUGGAGAGCAACGUAUCAGGGCUGGUACCACAUGGGACCAAGCUGGUACUGCCCUGGAAGGCCAGGGAUGGGGCUUCUGACUACAUAAAGACGGAAUUUGAUUGGAAUGAUCAGGAUGUCACUCUUUAAAUAAAAAACUACCUCAGAAAUGUUUCUGAAGCAGUAA